AGUGUAAAUGUGAAAUAUGGACAACACGACAUCAGUGACGGCAUUCAAACUGACUGCGUAUGAGUCCAUGGACAAGUACAAGCACGGCAUGUUUUGCGUCUUCUUUCUGCUGUAUCUGGCCGCUGUCGUUUUGAAUUCAUUGCUCAUUUCUGUCGUACACAUGAACCCAGAGCUGCAUCACCCCAUGAAUGUGUUUGCUUGCAUGUUAUCCGUCAAUGAAAUGUACGGCAGCACCGCUCUGCUGCCCGCCAUUAUGGCUCUGCUGAUAUCCGAAACGCAUGAAGUCAGUGCGAAGUGGUGCUCUGCUCAGGUCUAUUUCCUGCACACAUAUGCAGGUGGGGAGUUCUGUAUUUUGGCUCUUAUGGGAUAUGACCGAUAUGUUGCCAUCUGUUACCCUCUUCAUUACCACACCAACAUGUCAAAAUCCAAAAUAUGCAAGCUUAUUGCACUGGCAGGUCUGUACUCACUCAUUGUGUUUGGAUGUUUUUACUCGUUGACCUUACAGCUGCGCUUCUGUGGAAAAGUGAUACCUAAAUUAUACUGUGUGAAUAUGGAACUGGUCAAAAACGCAUGCUCUACUGCAUCGUACAUAAGCAUAGCGGGACUUUCCAUUCUUCCUCUUUUUGUCGUCCCCCAGCUGGUGAUGAUUAUUUUAUCUUAUGCGAAAAUUGCUAAAGUGUGCAGUAAGUUGACAAAAGAAGCUCAAAUCAAAGCACUUAAAACUUGCAUCCCUCACUUAUUUUCUUUGCUGAAUUAUUCCAUCGGCUCUUGUUUUGAAAUUGUCCAGACAAGGCUUAACAUGACUCAUGUAUCUGUUGAGACGCGGAGCUUUCUGUCCUUGUACUUUGUCAUCAUGCCGGCCAUUUCUAAUCCAGUGAUGUAUGGACUUGGCAUUCAGUUAGUAAGAGUUUAUAUCCUGAAACUGUUCUUCAAAUACACGAUUCUGCCCAAAAGAGUUGGCAGUUUAGGUACUGUUGUAGGAAAGUGA